AUGCCGCAUCGUGAUGGCUUCCAAAACUCACUCAGCUUCACCAUCAGUCUGUGUUUGGUCUUCACCAUUGCCGUGGCUGCGGCACGCUUCUGGAUCCGUCGUGGGUCCUACGGAAUCGACGACGCUAUCAUCGCAUUCGGCACUGUCACAUCUCUCGUGCGGACGGGACUGAACUAUUCUGCUCUUCAACUUGGAAUGGGUCAGCCCGCGCAGUCAUUUUCAACCGGCGAGGCUCUGACCAAUUUGAAUGAUCUCUCGUUCGCAAGCAUGAUCAUGUUUCUGGUCAGCCUGUACACUACCAAGUGCGCGACGAUCGCUUUUCUCAGCCGCGUGACCUCUAGCACCGAGUGGACACUCUUGUAUCACGUUUUCAGUGGGAUCAUAGGCUUUGUGGGCCUUUCGUCGGUUCUCCUUGCCACGGUCGGAUGCACCGCCUCAUCUGGAUUUUACUGGAAUGUAUAUGGAAACCUACAUUCAUGUCCAGCACAGGGUAUUCGCUGGCAAGUCAUUACUGGCCUCGACGUCUGUACGGAAGUCUUGAUCCUUGCACUCCCUGUGCAUCUAGUCUGGAAUCUGCACAUGCGCCGAACAAAGAAAAUAAUGCUCACUGCAGCGUUCUGUAUCAGAAUUCCGGUCUUGUUGCUGUCAAUCGGCCGCAGCAUGUCUGUGGCGGAGCUUCAACAGCCCCAGAUCGAUGUUGGAUUGCAGAGUGCGCUCGUCGCUAUUUGGAUGGACGUUGAGUUGGCUAUUGCACUGGCUGCAAGCACGAUCUCCGCUCUGAAGACUUUCACGGAGAACUUCAACAUCGGAUUCGGCCUUGGCUUCACUCGUGGCAGAUUGGAGCAAAGGUAUGAUAUGUCGGAAAGAACUCGCCCAGCCGCGAAACACAGCGAAAAGGACGAGGCGAUUGUCGCUGUCCAAUUCGAGGUCUGCGAUAAAUCGUCAAUGUCAUGUUAA